GAAGGGGGGUACCCCCUCUUUCAGAUUUAUUCUUUUGAACUGUGAAUGUUUUUGUCCAAUUAAUUCUGUAGUGUGACCCUUUAGGAAAAUCAAAAUGGAACCGACGGGUGCGCUGAAGUUGCUGCUGCUGGAGCAGCGCUCUCUCAUCGACCACACGCUAUAUCCGCUGCUAGAGGAUGCGUCGGUAUGUCAUUGCCGUCGUCAUGUGCAAUAGUUGAAUCCCAUCUCACACUACAAGUCGGGCCGUGCCUUUAUUUGGUUGCAGCUCGAAGAUCUGUUGGCGUAUUUCCAGUCGACUCUACUGGAUCUGCAACACCAAGAACCAUCAUUUUGGCAAGUGCAAGUAGUGAAGCUCGUCCGGAGCGUACUUAAAUCACGAUUGGGCGGCUGCAUCGAUGCAGUAGUGAGAGCCUCAGCCUCCGGGGUUCCGCAGGAUCCUGUACUUGGUUUAAACCGUGUUAAGGCUCAAGUACAGGCGAGUAGCGAAUUGCAGGAAGCUCUGGUGCUAUUGCAGCAUGACGUGGAGAAGGAGGUUGUCAGACUGAAGGAGAUACUGAAUUCUGACAAAGAAAAUGAUCCAAAAGCUACAGAUACGGACGAGCAUUUCCUGAUCAAGUUCUGGGAGAAACUGCAGCAUGUGGUUGAGAUGAGAAAGAAACAGCAGAAGUUGAGCGAAGAACGAGAAGCAGAAGGAAUCGACCAGGAAUUCGAGAAUUGCUCGUUCGAGAGGCUCAGCUUUGAUGAGGAUUUCAAUGACAUGUCCAGGUCGGCGAUGAGUUUUCCGUGUAUGGAGGACUUUCCGACGACAAUUAGACGGAUGCAGAGUAUGGAGAUAGCAGAGAGGGCAGCUAGCUUGGAUGAGUUUAUGCAGAUACCCAUACAGGAGAUUAUCCACUCUGGACCAGCUUUCCCUGCUGCUUGCUGCGCAGUAGUGGGAUUAUUCCUCGACAUCGAAAUUCGUGGAGAACGAUGCGAAUCUGCCGAGCGGUCAAAAAGGAUUAUCUACGACUUGAUGAAUCAAGCUGAAGAUGCAGCUCAAUUUCUCGAGUUGCUUUGGGCAGUCCUUGACUUUUUGGGCUCGCAUCUGGAGACAGGAGAGCUGUUCUUGUCUCGACAAGACAUCUGCGACAGCAGUGACAGACACUGUAUCGCCGUCCUGGACUGCUUUCGCGUAUUGCAUACGCUACUUGUCAAGACCAUGCGGCAUUGGGUGUAUUUUUCUUCUGAAGCACUUGCCGAAGUCUUACACUCAACCUUUCGCCUCCUCACUAUGUACUCGACGGGAGAAACUGAAGUCGAAGCAAAGCGAAUCACUCCUCUAACAAUGUUAUUCCUAAUCGACGAAGAUCCAGUGCGUUGGUUUAGGCUGUGGCUGCUCAAUGUGCCCAAUUCACGGCAACUCUUUUUGGCAAUGGAUAAUUCUGGCUUUGUCGCUGAUUUACUCCAGUAUUUGACUCGAGUUCGACCACUGAUAUUAAUGAAAUCAUCGAACUCUUCGGUCGAUGCCAUCGAAAAGCGCACCGCCCAGUGUGUGUUGGCUGUCUUGUCAUACAUUUGUGAGUAUCAACAAGGGCGAGAUCUAGUAAGCCAGUGGCAACGACUACCUGCUCACGCGUAUAUUAAACAACGGCAUACAACUUGGGAGAGAUCGGCUCUGGAAAGUAUUGCAGCUGAAAAUGAUUCAUUGUAUCGUCUAGUGCAACAUUUAGUGUCUGCUGAGGCACCGCGCGAUGAGUUGGAAGCGGAUUACAAACAUCUCGGGAAGGGUGCCGUUGGUGCACUCAUCCUGUCGGUUGCAACGAUUAUUGUCACGGUACCGUGUUGGCAAGAGGACGCCUGUGUGAUGUUUAAUGCACGCUGGGCAACGAGUAUCUCCAAUAGUGUUGCAAAAUACCUUCAUUAUGCAGACGUUAACGACUUGUUACCAGCGCUCACGAAGAUUACAGAUGCUUGUUGGACACACAAAACGUGUAAAAUGUCUGCUACUGAGGAAUUGGAAGAAAAGAAUCCAUGGUUCCCGUUUCGGCAACCAACGACUCUCACUGAAGCUUGUCAAUUGGUGAUUGACAGUAUAUCGAAACGAACUCUACGUGGAGUUUUCACUUCAGAGCUUAAAUCGGCUGGCAAACUGAUCUUACGAAUGGUGAUGUCAAGCACGGCUGUGAUAAAUGCUGUUACUCAAACUCCGAAUUCUGAAACAGUGGAAUUCAUUUUUGAGUUAUGCAAGCGCUAUUUACAAUCUUGGCAGUUGGGAACAAUGGCCUCAAGGGAGCAAUUGUAUCAGUGGAUGUGCGAUUCAAACGGACUUUUCGCCUUGAUCACAGAUGCAGCAGUAAUUCCGCAGGCUUUCAAGAUCGCGUAUAAAAUUGGAGUUAUCAACGAAAUCUGGAAAAUUUGCGGUUCACUUUCAGAGCAAAGAGAUAAACAAGAGUUUUCUCGUCUCCGCAGUCGUAUCAUAAGUACCCUGUUACACUCGACGACAGGGGUGCGCAGCGUGCCGGAUACAGUGCUUGUAAAUACCUACAUGCACAGUCAGACGCAUGAAUUUGAAGUGCAACAUUUUCGUAAAGUUCUGGGGAUUCUAUCUCAUCGGAUCUCUGCGCAAUCUUUUUUCAACCUCGUUGGCGUUCAAGAAACAAUAUCCCAGGUUAUUACCGAACUUCGAGAGACAGUGGACUUCACGAUCGCUCUGAACAGCCCCGACAAUGAGUGGUCAUCGCAAGUAAACCCUCAAAUGAAACGCUUACAAUGGCUUCGGUGCUGUUUGAGCUCGCAAUUUGCGCCCUCAUCGCUGCUUUCAAGCGAAGCCAGUCCGUUGGUUGAAUUCAUUUCCGAGGCCCUUGCCAUCCACAGAUCUGGAUGCUGUACUAAUUCAAGUCACCUGGAAGAUACCUGUUGCGUAGCAUUUCAGCUGCUCCUUUCGCUAGUGUCGAGUGUGCCGUCGAUGCUCGAAUGCAGCUGUUGGCUUUCAAAGCUCAAACUCAAAGUGCUACAUUUCGACGAUAAAUGUACACUUCAACGCGACGUCCUGCAUAAAACCAACGAAAUCCUGGGCCCGUGUUCGUUUCUGGAGAAGCAACUUUGCUACGAAUUUGAAUUUAUCGGCGGACCAAGUGAAAAGCUACCUCAGUGUGAGCUUUUUGCGUUUGAUUUGCACUCUCGACAAACUCCAAACACCGGAGAGAAACCUGACCGUGUCAUUUCCGAACUCGCCGUUGUAUUGCAGAACAAAAUCCUCCAAGCAAUUAGAGAUGGUGUGGAAGCUGGCUUAUCGACUCCUAUGGAUUUCGUACUGAUCUCGCAAGCUUCGUGGGAACUCAUCAAUGACCUUGAGGCUCAAUACGGGGUAGAAUCACCUUGUAUUUCAUGCGAAUCAAUGUGUUCUUUUAGCGAACUCUUUGCCAAACUCACGUACAGUCUCGUCAUGAGCAAGCGCAGCCGGUUAGACCACGAAGUAGCUGUGAACCAAGCCUCCAGCUUACCACAGAAUGGCGAAACAUUCUUCCCCACGGACUCACAGCGGAAGUUGAUGAACCGUUUGUACAAGAACUAUGCGAGCGGAUUAUCUCUGGAGUCAUCGCCUACCUUGCUGCAUUGUAUUGUCAAAAAGUUUGGCAAGAUUUCUAUGGACUGUUUUCCGGUUACGAUGUUGAUGCUGCUGUAUCCAACCUACGGGGAAGCCGAAAUCCUGAGUUUCUUGUCGCACUGUCUUGCGAGUCCGUCGGCAGGAUUUCUCUGGCCCCGGCGUGCUUCUCAAUUCGUGGAUGGGGUUGGAGGGGAUCACUCGACACUACCAGUUAUAGCAAUCGCUGAAGGAGUGGAAAUCAUUCUAGCACGCGAAUUUCCUCAGAUUUUGCAAGCAAUCGAUCAGUGUCACUGCUCCUUACUGAGCCUCGUGUUGCGUUGGCUCAGCCAAAGUUUCUGGAAUUACUUCGAUUGGGAAAAUGUAGCUAUCUACAUUUAUUUGAGCAUUCUCUACGGGGUCGAAAUUCAGGUAAGAGCUUCGACGUGAUGCUUUGCGUGGCUGACAUUGUGAUCUCCGUGCUUUCAGGUUUACAUCAUUGUUGCAAUUUGUAGACAUUUGGAACCUACGAUGCGGGAGCUGACUGCUAAGAACAGCUCGGAGAGCCUCGCACCUUUCCUCACGCUCACCCGUGAGCCUAUUCGGAACUUUCGCUUCAGCCCGUGGCGAGCACUUCUGCUCCGUCUUCGAAGCGAAUAUCACGAGGAGAUAGAAGCCCUAUUAUUUCCUUCGAUAAAACCUGUACUUCAGGUUUCUGUAGUCGGAUUCCCAAAACUUCUUGUUUUUGAUGCCAAGUACGAUUAAAAUGCAAUGAGCUCUUGAAUUUUUGAAUCAGACAGCA